AUUCGAGAUUUUCUCCGUUGAAUCGUUUUCUGGGAGCGAGCAGAGAUGGGUUUCGAGGAUGAUCCGUACCGUGAUGUAGAUGGGGAGCCCUUGGUGGACUUGGAUGAUGACUUCGGAGACGAUCGUGAGCCCCUUGAGGACUUUGAAGAUAACUUAGCUGAUGAUAUGGGAAACUGGGAUGGUGAAGGUUCACAAACGCCUCUUUACGACAACGAUAAAGUCAAACCGAGGAAAAGGUUGGUGAAGAAAGCUUCAAGCGAAAGGAAGAGUAUCAAUGUUCCUGAGUUGAUUGAUGAGGAUGUAGAGGAUGCGGAGUUUGAUGAGUUCAUGGGAGGUAGAGGUGGUGUUACAGAGUAUGACGAUAAGGUUGGUAGGAAGAGGAAGAAGGAGAAAGAGAGAAGUAGUGGGAAGGAGAAGAGGUAUAAGCUCCCAAGCCGCGGUGAGAGGAAAUCUGAAGAGAUUGAUGAGAUGUGGAAAUCUAUUGCUGAUAACCCUGAGAAUGAUGAAGAAGGUGUUAGGACUAUGGAUGACGAUAAUUUCAUUGAUGAUACUGGUGUGGAUCCUUCUGAGAGGUAUGGAGGUGAUGCUGGAGACCGCUCUCCAACUCAUUAUCCUCAGGCAGAGGAGGGUGAGGAUGAUGACGAGGUUAAUAACCUUUUCAAAAUGGGAAAGAAAAAGAAGAAAACUGAAAGAAAUCCUGCGGAAAUCGCUCUCUUGGUUGAGAAUGUGAUGGCUGAGCUUGAGGUCACUGCUGAGGAAGAUGCAGAGCUUAAUCGACAGGGAAAGCCUGCUAUCAACAAGCUUAAGAAACUUUCCCUUCUUACCAAUGUACUUGGAAAGAAGCAGCUUCAAACAGAAUUCUUGGACCAUGGAGUUCUAACUCUGCUGAAGAAUUGGCUUGAGCCUCUUCCUGACGGAAGCUUGCCAAAUAUAAACAUUCGUGCAGCUAUUCUGAGGGUUCUUACUGAUUUUCCAAUUGACCUGGAGCAGUAUGAUCGGAGGGAGCAACUGAAAAAGAGUGGGCUUGGAAAGGUCAUUAUGUUCUUAUCAAAGUCCGAUGAGGAAACUACUUCAAACAGACGACUUGCUAAGGAUUUGGUUGAUAAAUGGUCUCGUCCGAUUUUCAACAAGAGCACUAGGUUUGAAGACAUGAGAAAUCUUGAUGAAGAUAGGGCUCCCUAUAGAAGGCCACCAGUGAAGAAACCUAUCAACAAAGCUUUGACAAUGGAGUCCAGAGAUGGUGACUUUGACUUGGAUAUUCGGCAACGAAAAUCUGGUCUGACUUCGGGUCAGAGUUCGAGGGGAGAUUCGUCCAGGAACAUGACCAUGAGACCAGAAGCAACUCCAAUGGACUUUGUGAUUCGUCCUCAGUCCAAGAUUGACCCUGAUGAGGUCAGAGCCCGUGCUAAACAGGUUUCUCAGGACCAGCGUCGAGUGAAGAUGAACAAGAAACUGCAACAGCUAAAAGGACCAAAGAAGAAGCGUUUGCAAGCCACUACGGUGAGCGUGGAAGGUCGGGGUAUGACCAAGUACCUAUAGAGAGCUUGCAACCAAGCCACUGGAACUGGCUCUCCUAUCUUUUGUAAUCUUCAACUUUGAUUGGAUCAUUGUUUGAUGGUCCUGGAGGUGAAGUCAAAGACUUAAGACAUUGGGGUUUUACUUAUAUGCUCUCUACUAAAAAUUAUUUGCUUCCGAGUCUCUAAUGUAGUGGGAAGUGAAAGAAACACUAUGUUCCUCCUUGAGAGCACAAGAUACUCCUUGCAUCAAUCAUUUUUCAGCCCGUUACAUAAUAAAGGUUUGGUUUUUGCUUUAUUAUUGUCUAAAUCAGCUGAGUUUUAAGCAAGUUACAAAAUUUUCAUAACUCAUGUGUUAACAUACUUGUAUAAGAGAAAAGAAAUGUAGCAAAGACGCAGUAAAAAAGAGAGCCUAGUUUCCACUUCCAACAAAUCUCUCAUUUACUUUACACCAAACCAAACGUUGAAACUGCAAAAACAUAUGAACCCACAACGCAGACAAGAACACCAAGAACCAAAGAGAAGAGCUGAAAAUUAGCCAGAAACUCUCCAGAGACUACGGAGUCUAGUGAUCUACAAACGACAGAGUUUCCUUUUAAGCCGCAGCCUUGAGGCAUCAGAGGGCCAUAGAGAGUGAAAGCUGUUUGAUAAAACCAGAGGCCUUGAAGAGUCAUUGCAAUGCCAUUGCAUAGAUCUACUGGGAAGCUUGUAGGGCAGAUUGCUCCUGCGAUUGAGGAGAUGACGCAGAGACCGACGAGAAAUACGAGAAGGAGAUGGUAAUAACCUUCAAGACCUUUGUGGCUUGUGGAGUGAAAGAAGAAGAGAAGACCUUCUGCUGUAAAAGCUGUUGCAGCGAUUAGACAGAGAGCUUCUUGUGGCAGAGGAAGCAACCUAAGACACAUGAAAAAGGCAUCAAGGUGAAUCUAUCAAUCAACCAAGAUCUAUUUCUAAUAAAGUUCAUUAUUGUACCUAGUACCUGGUUUUGUCGGAGAGCAAAGUGAUAAAGCCGAGGAUGAAGAACAUGAGAAGCAUCCCAGAGUGCUCGAAAUCGUUCAUGUGGGAAGGAUUCAGGACACCAUUGACAAAGAAGUUGAGAUGAGUUGAGUAGAGGAACUCGAUGCAUAAGUCAAUGAAUGAGCCAACGGUGACAACGUAAAGCUCCAAGU